GUAGUUGAUCCGCGUCGACUCAACGACGACGCCCGAUCGGUCCCCUUGAAGCCGCAAUCUCGUCAUGAGAGCCGCCGCGUUCCCGUUUGUAGUGCUGUGUGCAGUUGGAUUGCUUCGCCUCAGCGUGGCCCAGUAUCUCGCCAGCUGUCAAACUCCGGUCGGUGAGGGGGGAACGUGUGUGCUGGUGCGCGAGUGCCCCUUCGCCCGCGCCGUGCUAAAGAAGAAGGAUCACUCCAACAACGACAUCCGCUACCUGGAGGCGGCCCGCUGUGGGCAGCUCGAGACGAAGGUACUGGUCUGCUGCAAUGAACCGAACGUGACGCGGACGGCGGAACCGGUCGACCCGGAAACGAUUGCUGGGCUGGUGGAAAAUCGGUUCGGUACGCGGGAGGAAAAGCGAGACCUACUGCCGACAGACUGUGGUCAAGCCGCUCAAGAUCGCGGUCCGAUCCCGGGCCCGAGGGCCCAGCUCUUCGAUCACCCGUGGAGCGUACUUAUUCAGCACCGGAAUAAGGACGGCGAAGUUCGAUUCCACUGCGGAGGAGCCCUGAUAAGCAAUCGAUACGUGAUAACGGCGGCCCACUGUAUCAUGGGCAUGAAGAAAAGCUGGACCAUCACCCAGGUACGGAUUGGUGAGUGGAACCUCAAGACGGAUCCCGACUGCUCGAACGAGCGCCCCGAUGGCUACCUGGAGUGUGCCGAUCGUGUACAGGACAUUGCCAUCCAGAAGGUCACGAUCCCAUCGAACUACAGUGGUCCUGGUUCCGCGGAAGUGCAGCAAGACAUUGCAUUGCUACGGUUGGCCCGAAGGGUCGAAUUCAACUCCGGUGUAGCGCCGAUCUGCCUGCCGCUCGAUUUGGAGCUACGCAACGAGCUACACGUCGACUCGGGACGAUUCUUCGAGAGCGGCUGGGGCAAGACCAUCGACGCGAUCGGUACCGAUUUGAAGAUGAACUACUUCUCAGCGGGUGUCCCACGGGGCGUGUGUCGAGAAAAAUAUCCCCAUGUGAACGUGGGCGAAGGACACAUCUGUGCCACCCCGCAGCAGGAGGCGGACACGUGCCGGGGUGACUCCGGAGGACCGCUGAUGUUCCGCCACUCGAAGGGAGCGCUGUACCUCGUCGGUGUCGCCAGCGUUCGCAAAGGCUGCGCCAUCACCGGAGAGCCGGCGGUCUACACCAACGUGGGCCACUUUGUUGAUUGGAUCGUCGAUAAUCUCGAACCGUAGACCGUGCUCGUCAAAGUAUUAACUGGAGUGUCUUCGAGUGACGCUCUUGGAAACGGGUGAAAAAAUACAAAACAGCUGUUCCAAUAAACGUCAAAAUUCGAUGCAAUGAAGCAAGCAGGUGGUCGACGGGUCCACUUGAAAGGUCCUAAAAUGAACGAACCAGAUGUUAACAAACUAGCGCGAUGAGCGAUAAUUGCGUUCCGAUGGAUGAGAUUUUUUUUAAAUCGAACUGAACAACAAGUCGGCUAAGUACACCGACACGGCCUCCGCCAUUCGGAAACGUUUGCCAAAAAUCUCCCGACUUUCACCCUACGCGGGCACCCUUUUCAAUUUUAUGCCUCAGAUCCAUCCGCAACCCCUAAUUUACGAUCCAAACAACACGAGGCGAGACCUUUAGCGGUGAAUGUUAUGACCAUGCCCCAUCUUUCUGCUAAGGUAAACACUUGGAUGAUCCGUUACGUCCAUCCUUCAUCCAGGCUCCACCCAUCCUGGGGCAAUCCGUCAGGAGAUGGGAUGGAGAAUUUAAUUUGGAGCAAAACCACCCGGCGUGGUUUGUUUAACAUUUUGCACCGCUCCUGAUCGAACCGAGCUAAGGUGCGCGAUCGUAAAGCGAGGUUUUAUAUACUUACCAGUGCGCGGUUUCCUGCGAAAGAUGCACAGCUCACGAGCAAAACACGAGCACUUUUUUACUAAUAAUUUUCCCGAAUUUCUAUUUCGGUAGCUUCGGUGUACGCGAGCAGAGGGCAGCAAAUAUGGCCGGAGUAUGUUGCAUAAUCAAUUAAAUCGUUGUUUGUUGGGCCUCAUUCAGCCAUCAGGCAGCACACUGUUCCACAGGUCCACAGUGCCCGUGUCCUGCGGGACAGGACAGGAAGGCACUGGCAGCGCUGUUCGCUAUCCUCCCGAUCGUAUUAGCCACUUCGGGAUCUCAGCACUGUUUGUUGGAUUGGAUUUUCAGCUUUCGCGUCGUUCUGCCUGGAGUCUAACAAUCUGCGCUAGUUGGGCUAAUUUGUCGAAAGGCGGAAUAAACGGACUGUUUCGAAACGGACUUCACGGGAAAUUGCAGUUCGGCGGCCGAAAGUACCAAUGCAUCAAGAGUGGCGAUGUAUCAAAAAUUUCAACUAACUCGUCCAGAAUUUGUUCAGUUCGGAACAUAUAUGCUCGUAUUACAUCAUCGU